AUGGUCAAGGGGCUGACGAAGCGGACCACCGCGCUUGUGAUGAGGGACAUCUUUAUGAAUAUGGUUAUCAAAAUAUUCAAAAAGGUGCCCUACACAAGCCUGGUUGAGGACCUGGCGGGGCAGAUCCGCCAUAUCUCCCAUAACACGAUGCGCAUCCCACCCCUGUCGUUCUGUAAGAGUGUCCAGGUCAAGGACGCCAAGCACUACAAGAUCAGGCCACUCUCCGAGAACCCCGUGCUGCUGACCAAGCGGCUGCGUGAUCUCGAUCUACCCGAGUCGACUACGGAGGAGUGCGAGGCUUACAAGCGUACGUGCCUGCCGGGACACAUCCUGGCGAGUGUCAAGAUGAUGGAGCGGGGGCAACAGAUCAGAGCUGGUGACCGUAUCGCAGUUCUUGUAGUCCGUGGGGCUCCCAAGCAGCGCCAGCAGGACCGGAUUGUGGACCUUGACUAUUUCCAGGAGUCCAGAAAAAAUCCCGAGCUGCCACAGUUUUCAAUUGACACGGACUACUACAUCAAUUCCAUUGUCAACCCGCUGGCCGACAUCUUUUCCACUGUGUACAAGGUGGACAAGGCCAUGGUCAAGGAGGUGUCUAUCAAGCGGGGCACAUGUCCAACACUACACAAGACUCCGGAGGACAAGGCGAACGCCGUAGUGGGCAAGGACGGGCGGACCAGAGUGCUGACCCAGUCGACGCUCCAGUUUUAG